GCAAAGGGAUGCAGCCCCAACGCUAGCAUGGCCGUUGCAAAAGUCCAAGCUGCUGGCGGUGGGGCAUGCGCACUAACAUGUUAUGUCGGCUCAAAGCUCAGGCAGACCUUGCCCGACAGCGUAAUGUUCAAGCUACCGUUGCUAGCAGCAAGGGGCAACAGGCUGGCGAGGACUCGAACAAAGCACACCCAGAGGGUUCCUUCGACGCACCCCCAGAGGAACCGGAGGAAGCGCCCCCAUUUCUUGUGUUCUCGGUAACUACCCAGGGUCCUCUUCACCAACUAUGGGUUCACUAUCAACCAGCACCUCAUGUCUAUCACAUGACACCGUUGAAGGUCUGGAACGCGGAAGAUCAAGAUGAUGCAAAGGGCUUCAUGCGUGCUGUGUUUCAGAUACUCCAAUGGGGGAGUAUAGUGCACUGGAAUGAAGUGCACCGGCACAUGUCACAGAUAGCGAUGGCGCACGAUCAUGGUGUGAUGUCUCCAUCAGACAGACUUGCUCGAUGGUAGGGAUAGAUCAAUGUGGAGAGGUAAUGGAUCAUGCUAUAGCAUUCGAC